AUGGGUUAACACACAUACCGGAGCGUUUGAUUGGUCUCACAUAAUGGAAUAUAUUAAAUGUACAGAAGAAAACAGUGACCAGUGUCAGGACAAAGAUAUGACAUUGAAGACUGCAAUAACAAAGAUCAUGAAAUGUAACAUUGACAAUGAGAAUCUCACAGACCCGGAGGUGCUCCCACAAGCAGACUGUGUCACCAGUGCAUUAAUGUUGGAUUUCAUCAGCAAAGACCAAGAUGAUUAUAUAAGUAAUUUCAGGAAAUUUGUGAAGCUGCUAAAACCUGAAGGAUACCUGAUAAUGUUUGGGCUUUUAAAUACAACUUAUAUAAUGAUUGGGCAGGACAAGGUACAUGUGUGCAAAUAUGAUGAGAAAUUUGCAAGAAAAGUUCUCACUGAAGAAGGAUUUAUUAUUGAUCACUGUGCAGUCCACAAAAGAACAUCUGUGAGUGGCCUUAUUGACUAUGAUGGAAUUCUGUUUAUUACAGCUUGUAGAGAGUAAUAAGGGCCUGAUUCUGAGUCACAUGCUACACUAUGUCGGGCGCAUUUGAAAUUUUUUAUACUAUGCAAGUGUCUUAUGCAUCCUUAUUGUGUUUGUAUAGAGUUGAAGUAGCAAUUUUUGACACACGCACUUAGAAGUGUAUUGAAAAUGCAAUGGUUUUUCCAAGGGGUGGUUACAGAGAGGAGGGGGCCAUGUGCAGGUUCUGUGUGGGGCCUCUCCUCUCCUAUGGUUUAGUAGACUCUUGGAGCAUGUUGGGUGGUUUAUAUGAGAGUGUCAUGGAAGUGUUGUAGGCAUGUUACUGAAGUGACUGCAUACACAGACGUUUAGACACUCACAUUGGAGGUCACACUCAGUUGGAAACUCUGUACCUAGCAUGGGGCUGGGGUAAGUGUCUAUGGUGGGCUGAUGGUGGCAUUUAAUGAUGUAGUGAGUGGUAUUACAGUAUCUACAGAUACUGGAGGUCAGCAUCUCAGUCCUGGCACAGUCAGACGCAGCUUGUACACCAGGGGAAGGGCUUUUACCUGCAUUAGCAUUUAGUCGCAGAUACAACUACACCAACAGAAGCGGCCGCAGUGUGUGACUCAGAUCAGCCUCUACUGUAAGUCUGAGAUGCAAAAAUACAUAAAUACACAAGAACUUCCUGACAAUUUGCAAAUGAUAAACCUUAAUAAAAAAAAUCAGAUAUAUUACUAUAAAUUUGUAUUGA